UUAAUUGUGAAGUUUCAUUUUGGCAAAGGAAGUCAUGAAUUUUGCAACACUGUUUAGGAGGUUGAAUAUCAGAGAGUUGGUAUCAAAUGCACCUGUAUACAGUUCUGGUAGCGAUGCAUCUGGGGAGGGAUUGAGCUUAGUACUCCGGCGCUGGGCUACCAAAAAGACAGCAGGAUCCACAAAAAAUGGACGUGACUCAAAGCCCAAGAAUCUUGGAGUAAAGAAAUUCGGUGGAGAGAGGGUGAUCCCGGGAAAUAUCAUUGUUCGCCAAAGAGGAACCCGAUUUCAUCCAGGGGAUUAUGUUGGAAUUGGUAAAGAUCACACCCUUUAUGCUUUAAAAGAAGGGUGUGUCAAGUUUGAGCGUAACAAGCUGACUGGACGUAAGUGGGUGCAUGUUGAGCCCAAAGAUGGUCAUGUUCUUCAUCCAAUAUAUUCGACUGCUGCAGAUCCUGGGCUGAAGACUGCUACUUAGAUUUUGCUUCCGCCAAUUUUAAAUCACUUACAUCUACUUAUAUGAAACUAUGGAGUAACCAUCUAUAAGUCUCAUCAUGUAUUCAUGUUUGAAUUCUUGUUUCCAUUUAUUCAAGGCGCUAGAUAGUAGAUACACUUUCUGUACUUCACUUGGCCUCUUUAUGACAGACAUUUUUGUUGUUAGUAAUAAUAGUCAUCUUUUCUCUUUGGUUGCUA